GGGAGGAAGAGGAGGAGCCACAGCCGCCCCCGGGACAUCGCUGCUCAGAACCGACCCGAGCGCCUGAAACCGCUCCGCUCCGCCGCUCCAAGUCUCCACCCCGCCCGAGGCCGUCGCUCCUUCCUCGCGCAGCCAUGGCCUCAGGUGCCACUCCCGCGGCCGUGAAGAUUGGAAUAAUUGGUGGGACAGGCCUGGAUGAUCCAGAAAUCUUAGAAGGAAGAACUGAAAAAUAUGUGGACACUCCAUUUGGCAAGCCUUCUGAUGCCUUAAUUUUGGGGAAGAUAAAGAAUGUUGAUUGCGUCCUCCUUGCAAGGCAUGGGAGGCAGCAUACCAUCAUGCCUUCGAAAGUCAACUAUCAGGCGAACAUCUGGGCUCUGAAGGAGGAGGGCUGUACACAUGUCAUAGUGACCACAGCUUGCGGUUCCUUGAAGGAAGAGAUUCAGCCUGGCGAUAUCGUCAUUAUUGAUCAGUUCAUUGACAGGACUACCAGAAGGCUUCAGACCUUCUAUGACGGAAAUCAUUCCUGUGCCAGAGGAGUCUGUCAUAUUCCAAUGGCUGAGCCGUUCUGCCCUAAAACGAGAGAGGUCCUCAUUGAGACCGCUAAGAAGCUAGGACUCCGGUGCCACUCAAAAGGGACAAUGAUCACAAUUGAGGGACCUCGUUUUAGCUCCCGGGCAGAAAGCGUCAUGUUCCAAACCUGGGGGGCGGAUGUUAUCAACAUGACCACAGUUCCAGAGGUGAUUCUUGCUAAGGAGGCUGGAAUUUGCUACGCAAGUAUUGCCAUGGCAACAGAUUAUGAUUGCUGGAAGGAACAUGAGGAAGUGGUUUCUGUGGACAGGGUCUUAAAGACCCUGAAAGAAAAUGCCAAUAAAGCCAAAAGUUUACUUCUCACUACCAUACCUCAGAUAGGAUCCAUGGAAUGGUCAGAAACCCUCCAUAACAUUAGGAAAAUGGCCCAGUUUUCUGUUUUGUUACCAAGACAUUAAAAUAGCAUGGCUGCCCAGAAGACAAGGUAACCUUCUAAUUCCAAUCAUUUGGGGGAAUUCCUGCUUGAGAAAACACAGAAGAGACAUGCAGCUUCUGUGCCCUUGCCCCCUAAGGAAGAACAAGUGAUAAGACAAGACAUUGCUCACAUCAGAGAUGCCUUCUAAAAGAUUUGGACUGCUUCAAAUAACAGAAGGAAAGCAAAUAACCAGAAAACAUGUGGGGAAAUAUUUACACGUUAGAAAAAAAGAA